UUGAGAUGGUUUGUUUGUUUUAUGAAUGUGGAUGCAUUGGUACUUGGUAGAGUUUGUGAUCUUGUUGUUGUGAUUCGUAGCGUCAGCCAGCCAGUUUGGUUUUGAUGCCAUUUGGUAUCAAUUAGACGAAUUGACAAAACCUAUGGUGAGGUUUUGUCUCAUUGAUGAGUCCACACCAAGCAUCAAACUUGUAUACCUCCCUUGUUGCAGUGAUAGUUUCAAAUAUUUAAGUGAAUGUUAUUAGCUUCUGUAAUUAUAAUCAGCCAUUUUCAACACUCAUCUUCUUUUCUACUUUUCUUUCUCUGGUCUUCUCUUCUCUCUUUGAUACUGCCUGCUUUUUAUAUUUGCUCAUGGCUGAAGUAAACCAUCCACAACAACCAGCAGGACCAAUCCCCUCCUCAGGUCAAAAGACAAACUGGCCAGAGUUGGUAUGUUUGAGUGCAGAAGAAGCUCAAAACAAGAUUAAGGAAGACAUGCAUGCAGUUCAGAUCCAAGUGGUUCCACCUGAUCACUUUGUCACCAUGGAUUUCAACCAAAGCCGUGUUCGCCUAUAUUUGGAUUCCUCAGACAAGGUCUCAAGGACACCCCAACUCGGCUAAAAAGCUUAGUUAAAUAUCUAUGCGUUCCCAAUUCCUACAUAUAGCAUGUUUUAAUUUCCAGAACUAGCAUCCUUAAUAACUUGUCUAUCUCAAUACUAAAAGAUCCUUAACGCUUAUAUCCAGUAUAAAUUAUGUAGAUGCAUAGAAAAGCCUGAUGCGUGUGUUAAUAGUGUUAUACACUUAUACUCUAAGCUGCUCAGACUUUACCGUUGGGCCACUGC